GCACCGGGCAGCCUCCACUAGGGUGCGCGCCUGCCACCGCUGCCGCCGCGGGGUUCCCGCCGCCGCCCCUCAGCAGUCCCGGGAGCCCGACCUGGAGCGUGCUGCGCCCGCCGCCCUCCUUGAGGCUCCCCGCGGUGGCGGGCUCGGCGCUGGCGAUGGAAGAUGGAAGGAAGAAGUGCUGCGGCAGAGACAUUUGUUUGGGGUAACAAUGCAUCAGCACAUUCCCAGAGUGUUGCCAAGGCCAAAUAUGAAUUUUUAUUUGGCAGAUCUGAAGAGAAAACUCCAGAUACUAGUGAUCAUGGAGGAAGCACUUUACUCCCACCAAAUGUCACAAAUGAAUUUCCAGAAUAUGGGACCAUGGAGGAAAGUGGAGAAGGCCUGAGAACCUCUCUCGAGUUUGAUGCAGAGUCUCUGCCAUGCUGCCCACAGGGGCAGGAGAGCGUCCGGCUUCUUGCUGGCCCCCACUCCGGUCUCAACAGUGUUACUGCAGGACCAAAAGGCAUUGGAGAGGCCCCCUCUCACAGCCACCUCACAGAGCAACGUUUACAGCCCAUAGACUCUUUGAUUUCAGCUCUGAAAGCUACUGAAGCCAGAAUAGCUUCAGGAACGCUACAGGCUACAACGGUACUGGACAAAGAUGCUGUUUCUAGUUUUCCAGUUCAGCGGCUGGAAAAAGAGUUGGGCACUGCCAGUCAUCAAACACAGAGAGCCAGCAGCACACUAUUCCCUGCUGGCCAAGAAAAACCACCUUAUAUACCUCUCUCAGCUGAAGUUACAACAGAGGACCAUUUUCAUUUGAGCAUCCAGAAGGAUCUGACAGUGCUGUUAACUGCGGAGACUCAAGCGAAUCCUGGGGGGAAAGGGGCUGUCCGUGUGCAGGAGCCAGCUCGUCCAGCAGCCUCUGCAGGGAGCCCAGCAGUGACCCACAACUCUGUGGGAAGUGCGGGUGUUUUGAGAGAGCGGAGGUCUGAUCUGGGGAGAGAGCACCUGGUGGGAUGUGAUCGAGGCAGCUCCACAGGCCGCCCAGGCCGGGUCAAACACGUGGAAUUUGAAGGGGUGGACAUGCUGUGGACAGGAGGGGAAAAAAGAGAGACAUGGCAACCUGUGGAUUUGGAGACAAACUCUACCUCUCCUGAAAGCAAGGGGCUUUCCAAAGUGCCAAGCCACGUCAUCUGCUCUGCUGGUUUGUAUAAUUCAGCUAGUGUCACUGAGAGUAUUGGGGGCGAAACCUGGAGAGGUCCUUCAGGGAGGCCCGCCUCUAGGUCAGGGACAUUUUCCCCUGUGCCUCUGGUUGAGAGUGGAGAGGAUGAAGUCUUCCUACAGGAAAACAAAGAACACCUUGAGAAGAAAUCUGACCUGGAGAGAGACAAGGAGAGGAUUCUUGAACAGGAGGAGCGCCUUAUGGGAGGAGAGGAUGAGAUCCUUGGCCCCGGGUACACAGAGGACUCCACGGAUGUGUACAGCUCCCAGUUCGAAACCAUCUUGGACAACACCUCCAUGUACUACAGUGCUGAGUCCUUGGAGACAUUGUACUCGGAGCCCGAGAGCUAUUUCAGCUUUGAGAUGCCCCUCACUCCGAUGAUACAGCAGCGCAUUAAAGAAGGCACUCAGUUCCUGGAGAGGACAGCAGUGGGAGGACAGCAGGACCUCCUGAGCGUCUCAGCAGAUGGUGGAAUAGUGAUGGGCUACUCUUGUGGGAUCGCCAACGGGCUCAGUGACGCUAGGGACUCCAGCUACGCAAAAGGCGCCCCGGAGAUUGCCUACUGGGGAAGUUCUCACAACCAUGCUCGGGUGAAAACAGCCCUGCUAGAGCCUCAGUCUGAAAUGGGGAACACGGAGAUUCUGGAAAGGGAGCCCUUAGAGAAUCUCAGCAAUGGCACCAGCAGCAACGUGGAAGCUGCCAAAAGGCUGGCCAAACGCCUUUAUCAGCUGGACAGAUUCAAAAGAUCGGACGUCGCAAAGCACCUAGGCAAGAACAAUGAAUUCAGCAAACUAGUUGCAGAAGAAUAUCUGAAGUUUUUUGAUUUCACGGGAAUGACGCUGGAUCAGUCUCUCAGGUAUUUCUUUAAAGCAUUUUCUCUUGUGGGAGAAACUCAAGAACGAGAGCGAGUUUUAAUACACUUCUCCAGUAGAUAUUUUCAUUGUAACCCGGAUACCAUUGCUUCACAAGAUGGAGUGCAUUGCCUCACCUGUGCGAUGAUGCUGCUCAACACAGAUCUGCACGGCCAUAAUAUUGGAAAGAAGAUGACCUGCCAGGAGUUCAUUGCAAACCUCCAAGGUGUUAAUGAGGGUGCUGAUUUCCCCAAGGAUCUACUGAAAGCUCUGUACAACUCAAUCAAGAAUGAGAAGCUUGAAUGGGCUGCAGAUGAUGAAGAGAAAAAAAAAUCUCCAUCAGAAGGCACUGAUGAGAAGGCUAAUGGAACACAUCCGAAGACCAUCAGCCGCAUUGGGAGUACCACCAACCCAUUCCUGGACAUUCCUCAUGACCCAAAUGCUGCCGUGUACAAAAGUGGGUUCUUGGCUCGGAAAAUUCACGCAGAUAUGGAUGGAAAGAAGACUCCAAGAGGAAAGCGAGGAUGGAAAACCUUUUAUGCUGUACUAAAGGGAACAGUUCUUUACUUGCAAAAGGAUGAAUAUAAGCCAGAGAAGUCACUGUCUGAAGAGGAUUUGAAGAACGCAGUGAGCGUGCACCACGCACUGGCGUCCAAGGCCACGGACUACGAGAAGAAGCCGAACGUGCUCAAACUGAAAACCGCCGACUGGAGGGUCUUGCUUUUUCAAGCCCAGAGUCCGGAGGAGAUGCAGGGGUGGAUAAGCAAGAUCAACUGCGUGGCAGCUGUGUUUUCUGCACCGCCGUUCCCAGCAGCCAUCGGGUCUCAGAAGAAGUUCAGUCGCCCACUUCUGCCUGCCACUACAACAAAACUCUCUCAGGAGGAACAGCUGAAAUCUCACGAAAGCAAGCUGAAGCAGAUUACCACGGAGCUGGCUGAGCACCGCUCAUAUCCCCCGGACAAAAAAGUGAAGGCCAAGGAGAUAGAUGAGUACAAACUGAAAGAUCACUACCUGGAGUUUGAGCAAACCCGUUACGAAACUUACGUCAGCAUUCUGAAAGAAGGAGGCAAGAAGCUCCUGAGUAACAGUGAGAGUGAGGCCGCGGGACUGAAGAAGUCGCAUUCGAGUCCAUCGCUGAACCCAGAUUCAUCUCCGGUCACUGCCAAAGUCAAGCGUAAUGUGUCAGAGAGGAAAGAUCACCGGCCUGAAACACCCAGCAUUAAGCAGAAAGUUACUUAGAAUCCACCUGUGACCAGGAAAGUGCUGGUCAUGGAUAAAAUAGAGUUUUUCAAGAUCUUUCUGGUAAAUCCGUGAAUAUAUUUAAAAAAAAUAGUCUGUGACUAAAUGGUGCAUUAGUAACCUUUUCUAUUGUACAUUUUUUGUUAGUUUCUGUACAGAUUGUCCCUUUGCUCUUGAUUUCUUUGCUUUGAUGGUUUUUGCAACUUGAUAACUAAUGCACCUUUUCGUGAGGCGGAGGGGAUCAUGAUUUCAGAGGGAAUUAUGUGUCCCUUCUCCUUUGGUUUUCUCUUGUUUGCACUCUGCUCAGUUGUUAUGUAUUCUCAAACCAACUGUUACACUUUUUUUUAAGGUUAAAAAAUUUAAUCCAUUGUGAAACACUUAACUGGACAAACUUUGUAGCUUAGUAAAUUCUAGCCAGAGUUAAUAUAAACCUUUAUAUGUGAGAUCUCAGCUGGUCACAGAGGUAGAGUUGAGCACUCUCAGAAGUUCAAUUCCGAAUGACAGUUCUGGGAAUCAAUGUGGCCCGCGGGCGGUGUGGCCAUGCGUGCAUCUCAUUAGCACUUACUGUUGAGUCCUGACCCUGCUGGCAGCAGGGAGCUGGGGUGAGAAGAUCUCGGCCCGCCGGACUGGCCUAAGAAAGCAGUCGGCUUGCUUCAAGCGCGGAGUCCGUUUCAGCCAAGCAGGGAAAGAGAAAGCAGAACCUUUUUGCCAUUGAAAGUUGAGGAAAGAUGACACCAAGUUCAUUUUGUUUUCUAAAGAACUGUGACAACAAUCAGCUCUUGGGAGCUGCAGCGGUAGGCGUGUGUGCAGUCUGUAGAAAUCGUUACCUCACUCCCACGGGGUCUAGACUAGGAAUCCAGAAUCAUCUCCGCUGUCAACACCCUGCUGUCCAGGGAGUUACACAUGCCAAGGCAUGGUUGUAAGAAUAGUGGGAUCUUAAGCAAAACAGUAAGAGAGGAAAACGAAAUUGCAGUUUUCCAACGAUGGAAUACUGACUCUUUAAAAUCAAUCUGAAAGUAAUAAGUAGUCUGAAUGAGUGAUGGUUGGGAAGCUGAGGAAUCUACUGGUUGCAUUUACAGAGUUACUUAGUUCAUUCUUGGUCUUUCUGCUAGCCACUUCUCUCUGCUCCUACUGAACUUUCUCCUGAAAAUAAACACUUUAUUUUAAAUCAUUUCUUUCUAUCUACCCAGAAUAGUUCUAUUGACCUUUAAGUCAUGAGCUCGUUCCAGUGACCAUCCCUUUGAAAUUCAGGGCAAUGAAAAGGACCCUCUCUUGCACAGGAAGAGAUGGGAGUGAGAGUAGAGCCCACUGUGACCUAGAACUUUCUGGUCACGAAGCCUCGAAACUUUGCAACCCUUAAAGCUGUCAUCUCCACAACUGCAGGACUAACAGAAUCGCAUAGAAUACUCUUUUCCUCCCACAGAAGUUUGCUCUAGUUCUACUCAGUUUGUUAGUUAAAGGUACUAUGACCAAAGAACCCGGACUCUGCGUGAAUUGCAUGAUUCCAGUGAAUCAGCGGAGGCCUGCCGUAAACCACGACGGUCUCCAGUGGCUCUUGUUCUGCUGUUCCGGCAUGUAAUUACUGGGUUAUUUAUUCACCUUCCCUUCCUUCACCUCUAUCAGUGUUUGUAUUCUGCUGGUGCCUGGAAAGAGGAAACCCCUCUCCAAGGUUGUAGCUGCUUGUUCUCAGAUGAGGAUUUUGCCACACCUCCGAAAAACUCCCUCCAGCCCUCUGUCUCAUUUAGGUAAAGACAGUGACUGCAUUUAUGUCUCAGACAGGACGUUGACCAGUGUGGUGUGUGGACCUGAUUCACUGUUGUAGCUUCGACUGGAUUCAGGAUGUCCACAAGGGAAUUGUCUUCCUCCCUAGGAUCUGAGCAAUCAGACAGUUUGUUUUCUGCCUCGAUAUCUGUCCUGAGCCGGGGAGAGAGGGGGACCCAGACCCUGUCAUCUCUGAGCUUCAGCCACUGGAGGAAAACAGACAUCCCCAACUGGCUCGAAUGUGUCUGCCCACCGUGUGAGUGUGUCUGUGUGCACAGCACGUCUCUGUGUGUUUCCUUAGAGUACUUGACGAGCGUAGAAUGGUACCGAGCUGCCGUGUGUCUGACGUGCAGAGUGCCGAGGCCCUGAAACACUUGGUUCGCGUCAGCCUGGCAGCCUCAUCCCCGUGAUAUGACUCACUGAUGUUAUCUUCAGGAACUUCUGGACAUGCUAAUGGAGUAUUGGGUGCAAAAGGCACUUUUGAAGCUGCAGUACACUGUGUUUGCACAGUUUGUCUUUAAAAACAACUGCAAGGUUCUUUGGAGAGCCAGCAUGGCACAUCGCCCUGGCCUGGUGCUGUCCAUCUUUAGGAGCCGGGCUGUGAGCACCUCCUCCUGGUGGCCUCUGGGUUACUGUCUGUUGUCAGCCUACCUGGUGGGCUGCAGGUUUAUCCUGUAGGAAGAAAUGGCCCCUGGUUCGACUGUACUUUGAAACUCUUGCCCACAGCCAAGCACAUUUUCUUCUGCAGUAAUUUCUUUCCUAUGGUAUCAAGUCAGAAGACAUUGAAGACAUUCCUUUCCCAGCUAAGCCCCGCCUACAGCCCCUUCACGGUACAGGGAGCUAUCCUCCCCCUCCCCCUCCCCCUCCUCCUCCCCCUGUAGGUACUCCCCACCCAGCCCAUGUCUCACCCACUGCUCAGCCUCGGGAGUCUUGGGACUGCUCUCCAUGUGAUAAAGCAUUAUCCUUCUUCACAUACAUACACUUGACAUUAGUUUUCAGUCUAGGAAAUCUUAACAGUCAUCAGAACACUUGGGUGAUAGUCUCGUUGCACAGCUCACCACAGAGGUGGCCCGUGUAUUAAGUCUUCCCCCACCUCACAUGUUGACUUUGACGGGUAGGUGUCAGGGAUUCAUGGUCAGUAAUCCAAACUUAAUUACUAGCAUGCAGAGUCCUUAUUUUAUUGCCAGCCCAUAGAUAUUAAUUGAAGUGUGCUUUUUAAAAAACAUAGUAUGAACUCUUAGCAAUGCCUAAUUAAGCCAAGCAAUACUUCUGUGCAUUUUAAUUAGUCUCAGUAAGACCAGCGUGUGGGAGAGUCAUCUGGUGGCACUGCAGUUCCCGGGGAGGAAGCAGCUGUCCAAGAUCCUCUGUGCUUCUCUGACUGCUGCCUUAACUCAGAAGAUGGGGACUGUUUCCCAGUUAAAAGUGAUGUGAGGGAGUUAAUUCUGCAAGAGGAAAGUUGAUUGGCUUUCUGAGGCCAAGCCAGCUGGAGUUCGUAUUUCACCCUGUGGCCAAAUCUCAGAAUUUCUGAGGCUGGAGAAGAAUCUAGACAACAGCAGGGAAGGAGGCCCUUUGCCGCCUAAGCACAGAGGUGUGGAGUCCUCCGCUGGCCCCCGCCUGCCCCUCCCUCCGUCGGGAGAGAGCCCGGAAGAUGUUCGGAGGUGAGACGGGGCCUGAGACAGGAGCUGCACCUCCUCUGCUCUUGUCCCUGAUCGACCUUAAACAAGUUUGUCCACUGUGGAACUACCAAGACUUUCUUGGGUUUAGUGAGUUGCCUUGAAAUUCGAUUCCUUCACCAUUUCUUCUUGUAGCCACCAGUUAAGCUUUUCUAAGCCUGAAUUCACAGGGAGUUCAUCAGCCUUCUGGGUGCAAACCUCUGUCGUUUAGCUCUCGGGGACCCUGUCAAGGUUUCAGCUGGUUGGGAGCCACCUUCCUUCUUUCCGCAGCGAACAAUCCCUUCACUUCUCAAAUGACAGGAUGUUUCCCCAUUGUUGAAUUAGCCUGGUUAACAAAGAACCAGUGUGGCAUCCCAGGACUUGUUAAAAGUAGAGUCUAGCUAUGAGGAGUAGUGUGGUUUGGGGUUUAAGUAGCACCUGCUUUUCUCACAGAGCAUCUGACUUCCUCUGACAAAAAAAGUUCAGUCACCUUUCUAGGCAGGUGAGCCUCUGGGCCGGCCUUGCCCCAGAGCUUCCUGGCUGUCUCUUGCCCCAGGCCCCGCCACCAGUCUGCCCCAGGUCAGCCCCUCUCUCCACCAGCCUUUUGCCAUCUUCCACCGUCAAGGCAUCCAGAGGACUUCAGAGAUCAGUAGUUUACGGCAAAAUUCACCCCAAAAAAUGCUUCUCCUCUCAGAUUCCUUUUCAAUGUCUCUCUCACAAGGAGGACUGAAGUCCAAAGUCAUUGCCAUUCUCAUGUUGUACCUAUAGUAUCCAAAGCCCAAGGGGGCGGCCUUCUGCUUAAGACAGUGCAUGCAGAGAGAAUGUCUUUACAGAAAGAAUGUCAGUAAAUACUUGAAUCUGCAUGACAGUUUGUCGACUUGAAUGCAACAGCAAGAAAAUAUUGCAAGUUAAGUAACUGUAUAUAUAGUAGGUUUCCUUCCGUCUCUUUGGCUCAUCUGUGUAAUUCACGUGUGUAUCUCGUAUUUCAGGCCUUUGGAAAAUAUUCAUAUAGAUAGUAUGUCAGACAUCAAAGAAAAUGCUUUCCUGUCUCCUGCCAAUGUUGUAUUUGUGGGUAUUUAUGGUUGUAUGUAUGUAUAUGUAUCAAUGUGUAGAUUGUAUAUCAGUAUAUGGUAUAUGUACAUCAAAUUUAUUUUUGUCCUUAAUAACCAGUGUGAUAUGAAAAGCAAGUAAAAACCUCAUAGGAUUGAGUAUAUAAUGCAGUUAUUGAGAAUAUAUAUAUAGUGGUACUGUUUUAUUAAACUUAAAUUCAAAUGAUAUUUUGAUUAAAUUUUUGUAAUAAGA